AUGAAGCUUGUGACCAAAACGAUAGCAAAUCGCAUCAAACAAAUUCUCCAUGAGGUCAUCGAUGCUGAGCAGAGUGAUUUUGUCCAUGGUAUAUUGAUUACAGAUAAUGCUUUGCUUGCGAUGGAAUGUUUCCAUUGGAUGAAGAAAAAGAGGAAAGGGAAGAACGGAGUUAUGGCCUUGAAGUUGGAUAUGUCCAAAGCCUACCAUAUAUUGGAGUGGAGUUUUGUCCUCUAUGGGCUUCCAUAUUUCAAUGAUGUGCUCUCUGGAUUAUUAAAGAAGGAAACUGAGGCUCGCACCAUCCAUGGCCUUCAAGUGAUACGGAAGGGCCCUAAAAUCUCAUAUAUUCUUCGACGAUGA